AUGGCAACACCUACCGAUCUGCAGCUCGCUCGGCAGUCCUCCGCCUUAGAGACUGCUUCCAUCACUGCCCUCCUCCGUACUCCCCAAGAACGGGCGUUACGCGCAAAGAUACUUCCAGUGCUUGCUAAAGACCCUUUAUUAUCGAAGACUGGCCGCCCCUUCAAUAACCACGCCGAGAACCUCCUCCUCGCCCUCGCCAUAUCGAAGCGUCUACUGGAACUACGAAACGAAAACAGUUGGACGUCGGAAGAACUACGGUUCGCGAUUUACCUUCACGAUGAGCCUUUGCCCAUCCAGUUGCAUGAGACUGCAUUCAUCGCAGUGAUCGAAGCGCAAGGCACCGACGCUCAGAAGAAAUUCUGGGUUCCCCGAUGCCACAGCUACGAAGUUCUCGGGUGUUACGCGCAGACUGAGCUCGCGCACGGGAGCAAUGUCCAGGGCCUCGAGACCAUCGCGAAAUAUGAUCCCGCCACGCAGGAGUUCGAGGUGUUCAUGCCCCGGAAGGAGAGUACGAAGUGGUGGGUUGGCGGGAUGGGAGUGCUCGCGAACCACGCCCUCGUUCAGGCGAUUCUCGAGCUCCCGUCGGGCCGCAAAGGUCCCCACCUCUUCAUAGUCCCCAUCCGAUCGCCGAAAACGCAUCUCCCGCUCCCGGGCGUCACGGUCGGCGAUAUCGGCCCCAAGGCCUACGCUGGCUUCGGAUACAUGGACAACGGCUACCUCCACCUCACCUCCAUCCGUAUUCCACGCGAAAAUAUGCUGCAGCGGUUCGCAAAGGUGGAUGUCGAUGGUACUUACCACCCUGCAAAGCACGAUAAGCUCUCGUAUGGGUCUAUGGUGGCGUUGCGCGCGGGGAUACCCACGGCUAUGGGAUGGAACCUCGCGCGCGCGGUGACGAUCGCUAUCCGCUACUGUGUCAAUCGCCGUCAAUUCGGCGGGGAGCAGGGAAAACAGGUGGAGCUGCAGGUGCUCGAUUACGCGUCCACGAAGAUGCGGUUAUACCCACUACUUGCCCGUGCGUAUGCCUACAUUUUCGCUGGACGAGAACUACAGACACUCUAUCACCGCAUGCUCCGCGACCUCGUCGAUCGGGAGGACGUCACGCUGCUGCCAGAAGUGCACGCGCUCUCCUCCGCGCUGAAAGUAAAGUCUACCUGGGACUGUGUCCAAGGCUUCGAGGAGAGCAGGAAAGCCAUGGGCGGCCACGGCUUCUCGCACAUGUCUGGCGGCGGCGCCAUUUUCGCCACGAACACGCCGUCGCAGACAUACGAGGGC